CGAAUGCUGAAUUACUCAAUAAAGAUUGAGAAAUCAAUUAUAAAACCUAAAGAAAUAAAAUUUCCCUAAAUUAUUGAAAACUGAAUAAAUAACAUGGAAAAAAAUACAUGCAAAUAUAAAUUUAUGUUGAUUUAAUUUAGGAAUUUGGAAGAGAAUGAUUAAAAGAAAAAGAAUAGCUGGUGUGAAAAUAAAUAAAUAAUAUAUAAUGAUGAAAAUGAUGGAGCUGAUUAAGUAAAUUAAAUUAUAAAUUAAUUAUAGUAUUAGGAAGAAUUGUUGGAAGUAAUAAUAUUCGAAAGAGAAACUAUAAAAGAAUUGAUAAUAGGAAGUGAAAAUUUAGAAUUCAAUGAGAUGAAUAAGAAUAAGAGAAGUAUACAGUAGAAAUUAAUUGUCAUAAUAAAAUAAUGGAUAGGAGUGUAAAUUUUAGUGGCAAUAAAUCUAAGCAAGUUUAUUAAGAAUAGAGUAGGAAUAUUAUAAAAAAAAUUAAUAUGA